AUGUUGCUUCCUGCUGCGAAUACCAAGGGAGAGGUAGGCGGAGCACCACUACCAGUCACUAUUCCAGCACCACUCAGCACGUCUGCCAGACUGCUCGCCUCUCAAGUCUCUUCCCUGCUAGCCCCUGUUCCCAGAUCCCCUCAGCUCUUGGCAGUAUCGUCUCUGAAGUUCUCGGCCCACUGCCAACAGCUAUCGGGGGGGGGCGUUGUCUCCCGGGUUGUCAGCCCGCUUCCGCCAUCCGUCUCCUUGGUCAACCUCGGCCCGUUGCCGAAGGUCUCGAUUCCAAACGUAAUACCGACUGCCAUCGCCAACCUAAUUAGCGCCUUGACAUCGUACUUCUUCAACCCCCGGGCCGGGGCGAACCUAGCAGUUUACUUCAGCCAGUCAGGCGCCACAGCCACCGCAAGCCUGGUUGCGCAGUGCGCGGAUCCGAACGUCGAUAUCAUGGUCCUGGGUUUCCUGACAUCCAUUUCCUACAGAGGCAGCAGCUUCCCGCAAAUACAGCUCAGCCCGGCGCUGUCCGGCACCCAGACGCCACUGAUGUCGUUCCUCGCGCCAGGCCUCGCUUACUAUGCCACCCUUGAGUCUGAGACCAAAGCGUGCCAGGCCUGGUACGGCAAGAAGGUGCUGCUGAGUCUUGGAGGUGCCGGCUCGAACCUCGGCCUCAGUUCCGACGCCGAAUCUCUCAACUUCGCCAACACGCUCUAG